CGCGAGAAUCAGUCAAUGCUGAUCACCGGUGAAUCUGGUGCAGGUAAAACCGAAAACACAAAGAAAGUAAUUGCUUACUUCGCAAUUGUUGGCGCAAGUCAACAAGGCAAAGAGGAGGGUGCCAAAGGAGGUACACUCGAAGAGCAAAUCGUACAAACGAACCCUGUACUGGAAGCAUUCGGUAAUGCAAAAACCGUUCGAAACAACAACUCGUCACGUUUCGGUAAAUUCAUCCGAACACACUUCUCCAAGGAUGGCAAAUUGGCUGGUGGUGAUAUUGAACACUAUUUACUGGAGAAAUCUCGAGUGGUGAGGCAAGCGCCUGGCGAACGUAGUUACCACAUUUUCUACCAAAUGAUGUCCGGCUAUCAUCCAAAACUUAAACAGGAAUUACAUCUAACGAACGACCUGAAAUACUACCACUUCUGCUCACAAGCUGAGCUCACCAUUGAUGGAGUUGAUGACAAGGAAGAAAUGGGUCUUACACAANUAGCUCUCCCUCAUGCAGAGGCGUUCGAUGUGAUGGGUUUCGAAGAUAUUGAAACGCACAAUCUCUAUGCCAGUACCGCUGGUAUCAUGCAUAUGGGUGAAAUGAAAUUCAAGCAACGUCCUCGCGAGGAACAAGCUGAACCGGAUGGAGAUGAAGAUGCCAAAAACGCUGGCUACUGUUUCGGCGUUGAUGCAGACGAGUUCCUGAAGGCUCUCACUAAACCUCGUGUACGUGUCGGCACAGAAUGGGUUAACAAAGGCCAGAAUCUUGAGCAGGUGCAUUGGGCUGUGGCCGGUUUGGGUAAAGCCAUUUAUGCGCGUAUGUUCAAAUGGCUCAUUGAUCGUUGCAAUAAGACACUGGACGCGAAGAAGAUCGAACGAAAAUACUUCAUUGAUCACAACGGUUUGGGUAAAGCCAUUUAUGCGCGUAUGUUCAAAUGGCUCAUUGAUCGUUGCAAUAAGACACUGGACGCGAAGAAGAUCGAACGAAAAUACUUCAUUGGUGUGCUGGAUAUCGCUGGUUUCGAGAUCUUCGAUUUCAAUUCAUUCGAACAGCUAUGGAUCAAUUUCGUCAACGAACGUCUUCAACAGUUUUUCAAUCAUCACAUGUUUGUUCUGGAACAAGAAGAGUACAAACGCGAGGGUAUUCAGUGGACAUUCAUCGAUUUCGGUCUCGAUUUGCAAGCUUGUAUUGAACUGAUCGAGAAGCCAUUGGGUAUAAUCUCGAUGUUGGACGAAGAAUGUAUUGUACCAAAAGCAACCGAUAUGACUUACGUUCAAAAGCUGAACGAUCAACAUCUCGGUAAACAUCCAAACUUCCAAAAACCUCGACCGCCCAAAGGCAAACAGGCCGAUGCCCACUUCGCAAUCAUUCACUACGCUGGAACUGUACGCUACAAUGCAACCAACUUCUUGGAGAAGAACAAAGACCCGUUGAACGACUCAGCAGUUGCAGUGUUGAAACACUGUCAGAACAAUCAACUGAUGCUCGAAAUUUGGGCCGAUUAUCAGACACAAGAAGAGGCUGCCGAGGCUGCAAAAGCCGGUAUAGAAGGAGGUCGUAAGAAGGGUAAAUCGUCAUCGUUCAUGACUGUAUCGAUGAUCUAUCGUGAAUCGUUGAACAAUCUGAUGAAUAUGCUUUAUCAAACACAUCCGCACUUCAUUCGUUGUAUUAUUCCCAAUGAAAAGAAGGCCGCUGGUUGGUGUUGCCAUCUGGAUUCAUUCAUUAUCGCAUAUUCAAUAUUUCAACAUCAACAAUUCCUAUGA